CACUGCGCUGCACUCGGUGCCAUCAGAGGCGCAUGGACGGGAACUCAGCCCCAAACAAACCGGAAUAUUAAAAACUUUUAAAAAAAGGGACUACAUACAUUUUUCUAUUGUCUUUUUCCACUGGAAGUUUCCUUAUUUUUCUGCACCAUGAGGCUUUUCGGAGUUGCGCUCUUGCUGCUUCAUGUCUUGGCAGGGUCGGAGCCGGUCAGAGGCGCUGCGGUGGGCAGACAACACCACACGACUGUCAUCAACCUGAUGGACACCAAUACCGACAGGAGGACAGAGGACCAGAGAGCAACCACGGUGACGUACAGCGAGGAGGACGAGGCGGAGGAUGGCGCUUAUUACUACGAUGAAGACGAGGAUGAAGAUGGUUUUUCUGGAGAUCACGACUUAUUACCAAGAGUGGCCAUGUCAAGUAAACCCCAGGACCCGUCUGCCAUUCUGGAGGCUGAACGGGAAGAAAUCAAAAGGAGGAGAGAAAAGGGAAGAAAGAAGGGCAAAGGGAAAGGAAAGAAGAGGAAUCCCUGCUUGAAGAAGUACAAGGAUUUGUGCAUCCACGGCACCUGUCAGUAUCACCGGGAGCUCCGGGCCCCGUCCUGUGUGUGCCACACGAGUUACUCCGGGGAGAGGUGUGAGCUUUUCACGCUGCCCGUUGGGGGGCAGACCCAAGAGGGUUACAGCCGGACCACAGCCCUGGCUGUGGUUGCCGUGGUGCUGUCAACUCUCUGCCUCACCAUUAUUGGGCUUUUACUAAUGCUCAGGUAUCACAAGAGGGGCGCGUAUGAUGUAGAGAGCGAGGAGAAGGUCAAACUAGGGUUAGCAUCAAACCACUGAAGGGACAAAGAGAGGCGAAGAUGCAGAAAUUCUACCUCAAAAUAGAAAAAGAGAAGGGAACUGCCAAAAGGAGAAGGAAAAAGGAAGGUAUAUGAAGAAAGAAACCGAGUGGGUGUGCCCUGCGGCAAAGCACUCUUAACCCUCAGUUGGAAAAGCGAUGGGUUGGUCAGAUGGAAACAGGAAGCUCAGGAUUCUCUGGGAGGCCCCUCGUUCAUCAGGAGGAGAGAGCCGGCCCGGAAUGGGAAUACUGAUCGGCCCGGCGCGCACGGACUGACAGACAAGAAGAAACAAGAAGAGACAUUUGUUGUGCUGCUUCUCGGCUGUGUUUAAAGAAGAGUGUCAGACUGAAUGAGAUAAACGUUUAUCCCCUUACAAACAAAACAAACCAAAAAGAAAGAGCGUUUUUUUUCUCAACAGAACGCAUUUUAUAUUUCUUUUUUUUUUUGUGUACUGUAAACAUCAUAUUUAUACUUUUAAUUUAUUUAUUUAUAUGUAUUUUGCUGUAUUUAUGAAGAUUAUUAAAUUGCCUUCAUCCUUUCAAAAUGCACUGUCAAGGUUGUAAAACACAAAAACAAAAGAAAAGAUAUUACUGUUUUCACAUUGGACAAUAUUUAUUAGACAAUGCAAAAACUGCAGAAGCUCCUUCAGUUAUAUGUAUUUCAAAAUAAAUAUCACCCACAGAUAUUCGAUAUUGGCAUUGAUAAGCAGCACUGUGAUUGGACUUUAAUUUUUGUACUCUGACCCAAUAUUGUGUCGGCAACUUACAGCGUGCUAUUGUGUUACAGUGCGUUGUUUUUUGUUUUUGUCUGCCUACUUUUAGAUUUUAACCAGCAGAAUAUGAGCUCUCAGCUUCAUCUUUAUUUUUAAGUAGCAUUUAAAAGCAAGCCGUCAAACCCGGGGCCUUACUAAGCUGAGACGCUGUAGUGAGAAUUCGGUAGAAACACUAACGUGAUGCAUUUUCAUAAUUUCGUCUUACUACAGUUUAUCGUUACACACUGAUCCCUGUUAAGCUGUCAUUAAAAAUGUGAAUUCAAGUGUUCCACUUUUUCAAAGAAACCUGCUCUGCAGUUUUGAAGUGAUUUUUUUUUUUUUUUUUUUUUUUUUAUUUAUGUGAUUGUCUCAGA